AUUGCAACUUAUGCAAGAAGUGAGGAACUCAGGAAGCUUCACUUCACUGUCGAGUGUUGUUGAAAGUUUCUGGGAGCCCGGAAUUAUUUCUUGGCGAGCAGAAGACACGAUGCGGGCCGCAGUAUUUCUGCUGGCUCUUGCCCUGGCAUGUAUUUGUGCUGCCAAGAAAGUAAACAUUUCUGGCAAGAAGUCAAUCGUUUAUGGACCAGGCUUGAAUCCGAGAAUCGUCUCGCCAGCGAGAUACGUGUUCGUUCAGGCUGUGGAUGACAAGGGCAAGAACUACACAUCGUCUCCUGGAAGCGAUGCGUUCCGAUUCACUGUGGUCAUGAAGUCUGAUGGUCGAUACUCGCAUUUGAAAACCAAGGUGUUUGACCGUGGCGAUGGCACAUACCAAUGCGAAUACUUCUUCAACACUCAGCCGGAUCAGAUGCACAUUGAGAUACGCACCAAGACUGGCGAAGUAGUUGGUACUAAGGACCGGUAUGAGCUGAAGAAUCCUGAAGUGGAGAGCUGUGUGUGCCCAACCACUGAGGAGGACUUUGCCAAGCAGUAUGGCUGUCGUGAGUCGGCCACUCAGAUUGACAUUGAUUUUGCGAAAUUCCCCAGCAUAACCCAAGAAAUGAUUGACAAAGCGAUGGAGGUCCUGAACGAAAGAGAGGCUUCCAUUGUUCACUACGUCUUCAAGAAUGGAAAGAUCUAUGCAAAGGUGCACGGCAAGUACGAAGGUUUCAAGCAGUAUGCCGACAAGAUGUGGCUUGCUCUUGCUCGGCGUGUCAAGUUGCCGGAUAUGGAGUUUCUCUUCAACAUGGGUGACUGGCCACAGUCUAACUUGAGUGCACAAGGCCUGCCCGUCGUGUCGUGGGGUGCAUCCAACGACACCGACGACAUCGUGGUGCCCACGUACAAGGUCGUUCUUGGCACGGUCUUCGGGACGGACUUGGAGAACAUGCGCGAGAUGGACGGCCUCAGCUACAAGACCAGCGGCGGAUGGACGAAGAAGAAGAACAAGAUGAUCUGGCGUGGCCGCGACUGCAACAAGAUGCGCGUGGACUUCGUCGACGGCGUGGCCGCCGAAAACUCCAACCUGAUCGACGCGCAGAUCAGCCGGAACCAUUUCGACUACUACCCAACGCCGGAGGACCGGCGCAAGGACAAACGCUUGCACGCCGGCAAGAAAGUGAAGCGAAUGGCGUUCGAGGACUACUUCAAAUACAAGUACAUUCUGAAUCUGGACGGCACGGUCGCCGCCUAUCGCCUCUCCACGCUGCUUGCGGGCGACUCGGUCGUGUUCAAGCACGACUCCAAGUGGCACGAGCACUUCUACGCCGAUCUGGAGCCGUUCGUCCACUACAUCCCGCUCAAGGACGACCUCAGCGACACCAUGGAGCAGCUGAAGUGGGCGCGCAACCACGACAAGCGUGUGCGCAAGAUCGUCGCGCAGUCGCGCCAGUUCGUGCGCGAUCACCUGAGCAACGAAGCCGUGUACUGCUAUUACUUGCGAGUGGCGCAGCGCUAUCGCGCCGCCAUGGCCUACAAACCCACUGUGCGCAAGGGCAUGGGCCUGGAGGAGGUCAAACAGGAGCAGCCCAAGACCGCGUGCAAGUGCGCGCCCAAGCCCAAAAAGGCCAAGAAAGCCAAGAAAGCAGCCGGUAAAGACGAGCUGUAGGCUGUCGGCGAUUGCUUGUCCCUAGUUGACUAGCUUUAUCUAGCUAGCUACUAUCUAAUAUACAGCAACCAUGACUAACAACUAGUUAGUGCAGUUGUUGUUGACUUUAGUCUGCACUGGAGACUACGACUACUACAGUACAGCCUAGCUUGUUGAGACAUCCCCCAAACAAUGCUCUAACCAAUUCCGUACCUAUCCUGGGCUCUACUCAUUUACACCGAACUUUCUCAGGCUGACAUUAUCCACGCAUGUGCCUGGAUUUAUUCUUUCCUUUUUGCUGAUGGCUGAUGCUGUAUCGUUGUUAACGUCGCAGUUUUAUUUAUUUUAUCGGCACGUCCGCGCGCGUGUGCCAGUACGGAUCUCAACGUUCACUCGCAGUGUGUGUUAUGCUGGACGGUAAUGAGGACUACAAGAA